AUUCUCCAGGCGAACUCGAUCGGACCUUAGCUAGUAUUAAUUGAAACUGCGGGGAUGUUCUGACUUAACCCGGACAGAUAAGUUAUUAUUCUUACUAUACGUGAAAGACAUAGUGCUGCGUCAAUAAGAACCACUUUUACCACAAGGUCUACUAGCUGCUUCAGUACUACAACCGCCAAUAUGCCUGCCAACACCCGCAUUCAGUCUUCAGCUUCAAAGCUCCACAAUCUGCUUGUACCGCGGCCUCCAACACCAUGUCUGCUUCCACUGCGCUCUAUCUGGCAGCCGGCUGCGAUUCAUACCCCGAGAAGCGUGCAAGCACGCCUAAACAGCGGCCUGGGCAAAGACUGGAAGGGUACUGGGCCGGAGGAUAAUGCAGUUAACCGAGCAGAGAAAAGUGAUACCACAGACCCAACAACAGAUGCAUCAGCUUCUGUUAUGCAGGACAGGAAGGAGGGCGGGGGUAACGACGCAAAGCCUCAGGGAGCAACAGAAAAGGGAGGUAGUCAGCAUGGAAAGAAGGCGAAGCAGGAACAUCCGAAGGCACCAGAGCCAAUUAUUGGAAUGAAUGAUGAGAGAGGCCAUAAGGGUCAUUAAGACCAGGGUCAUAUAUUAGUAAUGGGAAAAGCUCAGGAGCGGUUUAAAUCGGACUGGAAGAUGCAUGCUAGUCUUGGAGCUAUAUCAUCUCAGUACUUGUAUUUCAUUAUCAUGUUGACUGUACAUAAAAUCUUGAAUAGCAGGAUCUAUCG